GCCCACAACCCGGGCAUGUGCCCUGACCUGGAAUCAAACUGUGACCUCCUGGUUCAUAGGUCAACGCUCGACCACUGAGCCACACUGGCCGGGCUCUUCUGCAUCUUUUUAUGUCACUUCCCCUUGGCUGGUGCUACCUCAUCCUCAGAGUUGAUAGAUGGAACUGCUGGAAGAUAACAGACCAGGAAAUUGUCAAACUACCAGGACUCCAGCCACCUGACAGCUGCCCCUGUGUUUCAGGUGACCCGGGGCCCCGAUGGCAAACUUCAAGGGCCACGCUCUCCCGGGGAGCUUCUUCUUGAUCGUUGGGCUGUGGUGGUCAGUGAAGUACCCACUGAAGUAUUUUCACCAAAAGGGGAAAAGGAGACAACUGAGUCGUAAUUAUGAGCGUCUGGAGAUCAUCGAGGCCGCCAUCAGGACUUUAUUUCCAGUCAUUGGGAUCCUAGCAGAGCAGUUUGUUCCGGAUGGGCCCCACCUCCACCUGUACUCGGAACACGAGUGGAUCAAGCUGAUGAACUGGCAACACAGCACCAUGUACCUGUUCUUCGCCAUCUCAGGAAUCACCGACAUGCUCACCUAUCUCGUCAGUCACGUGCCCUUGGGGGUGGACAGACUGGUGAUGGCUGUGGCAGCGUUCAACGAAGGUUUCCUCUUCUACCACCACGUCCACAACCGGCCGCCACUGGACCAGUUCAUCCACUCCCUGCUGCUGUGCGCUGUGUUCGGAGGGGCUCUCAGCAUCUUCUUGGAGGUGAUCCUUCGGGACAACAUUGUGCUGGAACUUUUCCGAACCUCGCUCGUUAUUCUCCAGGGCACCUGGUUCUGGCAGAUUGGGUUUGUGCUGUUCCCGCCCUCUGGAGGCCCGCAGUGGGACCAGGGAGAUCACGCGAACCUCAUGUUCAUCACCAUGUGCUUCUGCUGGCACUACCUGGCCGCGCUCUGCAUCGUGGCCGUCAACUACUCCCUUGUUCACUGCCUUCUGACCCGGUUAAAGAGGCGCAGAGAAGGAGAAAUCAUUGGCAUUCAGGAGCUGAAGUCAGACACCACUUACCAGAAGGCCCUGCUGAAUGGCUCCGACGAGGAAUGAGACGGGGCCCUCGGUCACAAACGGGGUGGCGUGUCCCCGUGAGGACUAGCUGAGUGUCACAGGUGUGGCUCAUCUCCAUGUUAAUGCUUGCCUUGGUCUGCCCUGAAGGUGCUCUAUAUUUGCACCUUCUCACUUAACGGCUGAAGACUGUGUUGGUGCGUAUCCUUCAUAAAGAAAAACGAAGCAAGCCUUUACGUCUCAGGAGAGAAAUCAGAGACUCUGAAGUGUCAGAACAGCACGUAGCCUCAUUGACGAAUCCAGGAUGUGAAUCCAGCCAAACCCACGGCUGUUGAUGACUUAUCCCUUCUUUCCCUCCCAAGAAAGGAACUUUCUUAUUAGGAAGUGAGUGAAUCACAGUGCCUUUCUUUUAGAGAUUCAAGUCUAGCAUGUAUUUUUAAAAAGUAGUCAUCCACAAGUUUUGGUGUUUACACAUCACUUGUUAACACUUCCUAACUAAUCAUGACACUAGAGUACUGCAAUACCACUGCUGGUAAGUGACAAAGUUGGGCCAAAGGUGCAUUUUGUUUUUAAAACCAGGAAGCUAGUUAGUGGCCCAGAUGAGAGCUGGAACUCAGAUGGUCUGACUCCUCAAAAGUGCCUCAUGAGGAUACUGACAGGAAAGCUGGACAGUGAGGGAGAGAAAAUGUCAGGUAGGGGAGGCCUUGACUUUAAAUACAGCCGAAAGCAAAGGGCAAGAAUCCUGCAAAGGAUCUGAAGCUGGAACUGGUAAUACAAUCUUGAUACUCUAGUCUUGGUUCUGGUUCUUUUUUUUUUUUUUUUUAAAGCUUCCUUCAACAAGGGCUUAUUAAACAUCUCCUUUGCACCAGGACUGGAAUGGUUGUACAGAUUAACUAAGUAUGUGCCCAGCAAGGAAUUCAGUCUAAUGGGAGAACUAUGCAGGCAGUUCAUACGGGGUGACUGAUGCCAUGAUGGUAAGUGAAACCACCAUGACACAAAGGAGGGAGGAGCUUGGCCAUAGAAAAGGCACAUUCCAGGCAGAGAGAAAAGAACAUGAAUGGAUAAAGGUGGGUUAGGACGAAUCUGAAAGCUCUUACCGUAGAGACCAAAUAGUACCAUUCAACUGUUGGGCACUUUUCAGACUCUGAAAUAUAUCUUGUUUCUCACGACCACC